AUGUCCUGUGGCAGCCUGUGUGUCCCCUCCUGUGGGGUGGCCACCCCGGCCCCUCUGGCUGACACGUGCAACGAGCCCUGCGUGCGGCAGUGCCCCGACUCCACGGUGGUGAUCCAGCCCCCGGCCUCAGUGGUCACCUUCCCCGGGCCCAUCCUCAGCUCCUUCCCCCAGCAGAGCGUGGUUGGCUCAGCAGGAGCCCCCGGCGUUGGAGGGGGCUACGGUGGCACUUUUGGAGGCCGUGGGGGCUACGGAGGCUACGGGGGCUAUGGUUAUGGGGGUUAUGGCUAUGGGGGCUACGGGGGUUAUGGGGGUUGGGGUUAUGGGGGUUAUGGGGGCUAUGGGGGCUAUGGGGGCUGUGGAUAUGGGGGCUGGGGCCGUGGCUGGGGCCGUGGCAGCUGUGGCUCCUGCUAAACCCCAAACAUGCAGGGAGGGCAGUGCUGCCUCUGCCCUGGAGCUCCACAACCAGCCCCUCUUGGCUUCUCCCACCUGAGCCAGGACAAAGCUUCCAGCCCCUCUUUAGGCUGGAGCAGCAGGUCCCUGUUCUUUGCACAGGGUGACCCUGCAGACCCUCAGCUGGUGGCUUUGGGGUUUCCAGCACUGCCCCCAAAAGCUCCCCCUCCCUGCCAUACAACCAAGCUCUUCUGACCCUGGGAUGAGACUCUGCCCUGCUCUGCCCAGCUCGGAGACUCCCAGCCUGCAAGAGGAAGGGGGAAUCUUUGGGGUGGAGCCCCGGGUUGGACCUUGCUGCUGCCUUAGGAUUUUUGUGUUUCCAACCCCUUGUUCCUGUGCUGGUUUGUGUCUUGCUGACACUGUCUGUUGCAUU